GUGUGCGCCUGUGAGUAGGGGGAAGGGCGGGGGGAGAGAGUCUUCACGCGGACUCCGGCUGAGUGGAGUCCAACCCAGGUGGAUCCCACAACCCACGAGAUCACUUGAGCGCAAACCAAGAGUCCUGCGCGCCCAACCCACUGAGCCACCCAGGCGCCCCCCUCCUUGUGAAUUAUACAGGCGUCCCCUCCGGGCGGGAGCACCCCCACUCCAGAACGCAGGACUGGGCGAACGGAGCAAGGACCGGAUUUCAGUUUGUCCCCUUGACCGCCCCCGCCACGCGCCCCGAUGCAGUGCACAAUCGUCGUGAUGGCCCCGGGGAGUUGGGGAGCGACUUCUCGGUCUGCCAGAGGACAAGAGUUCAGAUUUUCUCUAACAUAGGGAGCCGAGACUCCUGGGAGGACCAGAGGGAAGGAAUGGAAGGAAUGGAGGAACUCCCCACCCCUUCCAUCCUCUUUGGUGUCCCGGGUCCGUGACCGCGGGGCUCCGCCCUCCCCGCACUCAAUACCUGGCGCGGGGGCGUGCCUCAGUUUACCGGAGGCGGGGCGUUCGCCCCCUCCCCGCCCUUCCCCCUUCCCCUCUUCCUCUUCGGGGCGCUGGCAGCAGCACCUCGAGCACUGCCGGAACUGAGCUUGGGCUCCGGGCGGCCGGGAGGCGGGGGCCACGUCAGCGGGGCGGCGGGGGCGGUGGAGAGCAGGUCGCGGCGGGCGCCAUGCGGCCGGGGGCACUCCUGGCGGGCGCCCUGGCCGCGUACGCCGUCUACCUGGUGCUGGGCGCGCUGCUGGUGGCGCGGCUGGAGCGGCCGCACGAAGCUCGCCUCCGGGCCGAGCUGGAGACGCUGCGCGAGGAGCUGCUGCGGCGCAGCCCGUGCGUGGCCGCCCCCGCCCUGGACGCCUUCGUGGAGCGGGUGCUGGCGGCCGGACGGCUGGGGCGCGCCGCGCUCGCCAACGCUUCGGGGCCCGCCAACGCCUCGGACCCCGCCUGGGACUUUGCCUCGGCGCUCUUCUUCGCCAGCACGCUGGUCACCACCGUGGGCUACGGGUACACAACGCCGCUGACCGAUGCAGGCAAGGCCUUUUCCAUUGCCUUUGCGCUCCUGGGCGUGCCGGCCACCAUGCUGCUGCUGACCUCUGCGGCCCAGCGCCUGUCGCUGCUGCUGACCCACGCUCCCCUCUCCUGGCUGACCUCGCGCUGGGGCUGGGACCUCCGGCGGGCGGCUCGCUGGCACCUGGUGGCCCUGCUGGGCGGCGUCGUGACCGUCUGCUUCCUGGUGCCGGCUGCUGUCUUUGCCCACCUGGAGGAGGCCUGGAGCUUCCUGGAUGCCUUCUACUUCUGCUUCAUCUCCCUGUCCACCAUCGGCCUGGGGGACUAUGUGCCCGGAGAGGCCCCCGGCCAGCCCUACCGGGCCCUCUACAAGGUGCUGGUCACAGCCUACCUCUUCCUGGGCCUGGUCGUCAUGAUGCUCGUGCUGCAGAGUUUCCGCCGCGUGUCUGACCUUCACGGCCUCACGGAGCUCAUCCUGUUGCCCAAUCCGUGUCCUGCCAGCUUCAGCGAGGCUGACGAUGAUCGGGUGGACAUUGUGGGCCCCCAGCCAGAACCGCACCAGCAGCUUGCCGCUGACUCCCACCCCGACUACGCCUCCAUCCCCAGGUAGCUGGGGCGGGUGCCCUGAGGCCGGCGGGAGCUGGCCUGCCUCUGAGGGGCCCCCGUGACCGGAGCUGCGAUCCUGGACCGUCCUCGAGCACAGGCCCGUGUUUGCGGGGUUCGCGAGGCAUUGCCAUCAGCUGUCCGUCCUUUGUUGUACCUGUCCCAGGCCAUGCCACUGCCCUGUUCUUCCCCCCCAUGCCCCUUCUCUCACUCUCCCCACUCUGGGCUCUCUGGCUUUCCCUCUCUCUCUGCGUCUCAUUCUUUCACUGACUCCAUCUGCCUUUCCCUCAGCCUCUCCACCCGCCCAUUCUAGCAGGCUCUGGGCUCAGAGCUCAUUUCCGGCAGCCGGAAAUGGGUCACUAUACUUUGGGCAAGUGGCUGCCCCUGGCUGGGCUUUGAUCUCCUCAUCUGUCAAAUGGAAAGAAUAUACUCACUCAACCAAAACUCCCUCCUUGCGCCGGCCUCAGGCUGGGCAGCGCAAGGGACACAGUGGUGGUUGAGGUGGCCCUGGGCCCGGCUCUCGUGGGUUCCCGGUCCAGCGAGGAGGACAGACCUGUCCCCACACGGCAGCAGCCCAGGAUAGACAGCACUUUAGGGGAGGAGGCAGAGAGGUCAGUGGUGUGUUCGAGAAAGCACAGGCAGAGGGGGCAGGGCUGAGGUGGAGGGGGCACAGGUGCAGGACUGUGCCCAGUCCAGCCUGCAAGGUCAGGGAGGGCUUCCUGGACGAAGGGACAACAGCUCAGGGGAAGAAGGUAGACCUGACUUGUUUUUCUCAAGUGUCUCUAGGGAGCGAGAUCCGCAUGGAGAGCCCGGGGCAUAGGCCUGUGGGACAGAACCCUCUGCAGCAGCCUGGCAGGCAGGAAGCUGAGACAGGACCCAGCCUGGAUCCAGAUGGCACGAUGGCCCUGUCCUGAGCCGGGACACCAUUGUAACAGCUCUCCCCAUUUCCCGAGGACUAAUUGCAUAAGGUACGCUGGACUCUGGAGCCAGCCUGCUUGGGCUUAGAUCCCAGCUCAGCUGCGUCCUGCCUCUGUCCUCGGGCAGUCACUUCACCUCUGUGAUUCUGAGUUUCGUCAUCUGUAAAAUGGCCAUAAUAACAGUAGUUACUUCAAAGAUGAUGUCACAGAGCCGGCCGUGUUAUUCUGCGAUGCUUUCUUUGGCCAGGGCCAGGUCCUGUUCUGGGUAGUUUACAUAAAAGGAGGAUAACAUCCUCACCCUUUUUCACAGAUGAGGAAACUGAGGCACGAGGUCUCAGACACAGAGCUAGGAGGUGACUGGUUUUCUGCUUACUGCCCCCCCCCCCCCAGAUUUGCCUCCUCUCCAGAUGGUACGUCAGAAAUAGUGCUUGCUGCCACGGGCCCUGUGGAAGUUACAGAAGGGAUGGGGCAUUUGAGGCGGACCUUGAUAACACUGAGGAAGAAAGGGCGCAGGAGGCACUCCAGGCAGAAGGAACUGUGUGUGCCUGGAGGUAGGAAAGCCUGUCAAUGUCAGCUUCUGGCAAGUGGUUUAUUGUGAUUGGAAUACUGGGGUGAAGGGGGGAAGGAAGGUGGAGCGGUGGACAUGGGUGCAUCUUAAGUGUCCUUAAAUGACCAGUUGGGGAACUUGGCCUCUUUCUUGAAGGCACCAGAGAGCCAUGGAAGGAUUUUGAGCAGGAGACGGCUGUGGUCAGGUUUGGGCUUUAGCUGCUGUGUGGAGGUAGACCAGAGGGGGAGACUGAGGCUGGGUGCACAGGGGAGGCUGGUGCAGGAACAGAACAGGAGAUGAUGGGGCUGGGCAGGGCCGAGGGAACGGAAGAGGGACAGUGGAGGUCAUGCUCAGAAGGCCAAGUGGACAGGCCCUGUGUAGGCCUUACACUCUUGGGAGAGAGAAGGCUGGGGAAAGGCGCAAGGAUGGUUGGCUGCCCUUGAGACAGGGACCUGGGAGGAACAAACAGGUCUGAGGGGAAACACUGAGGCUUGUUUGGAACACGGUGGGUGUGAGGGGCUAAAGGGAUAUCCAGAAGAAGGCGUCAGAAGGCCUCAGGGUGUGGUUGAGGCUGGAGACAGGAGGGGGAACCAAGGCCACAUGAGUAGGUGUGGCAGCCCUGGGUUGGAGGAAGAGAGAACACCAGCCUUGAGAAGUCAGCUUUUUUAAAAAUUUAAUUUAAUUUUAUUAUGUUAUGUUCUGUUAAUCACCAUACAUUACAUCAUUAGUUUUUGAUGUAGUGUUCCCUGAUUCAUUGUUGAGAAGUCAGCUUUAGGGUAUUUAUAUAUCUAUACAGUAAGGAAACACUUGUGAUGAGCACUGGGUGUUAUAUGGAAGUGAUGAAUCACUAAAUUCUACUCCUGAAACUAAUAUUACACUAUAUGUUAACUGACUAAAAUUUAAAUAAAAAUUUAAAUAAAAACUUGAAACAUUAAAAAAAUAAUAAGGAAAGAUUUGGGCUGCAAGUAACAAGAUCCUGAGUGGCGCUGGCUGAAACAAUAUGAUUGUGUAUUGCCCGUCACCCGAGUUGGGGAGAGCUCUGGGCAAGAGACAAUCCACAGCUCCAGGAGGGUCUUGUGGCCUGAGGUCCCCAAUCUCUUUAUUCUGCCACCUUCAGCUGAAGGCUUGGCUCCACAUGGGCUCUCCUCAUGGCCCCAGAGUGACUGCCACAGGACCAGGCAUCACAACCGGACAUGAUCAUUUUCAGUGCAAGAAGGAGGGGGGCAUCUCUUCCCAUAUUGUCUCUUUGGAAGCAAGGAAAUCUUUCCCCUUCCUUCCUCCUCCAUCUCAUUGGGCAAAAUUGGCUCACAUGUCCAUCCUGAACCAAUCCUUGGCCAGAGUGAUGGAGCCAUCAUGAUUAACUUGGAUUCCUCAGAAUUCCCCCUGCCACCUGGAAUUGAGGCUGAGACUGAGAUUUUGGUUUGGAGGCUGGUGAAUGUGUGAACAAAACUGGACUUCUAUUAGAAAGUCAGGAGAGGGAGAAUGGACAGACAUUGAUUAGCUAAGCAGUUAGGGUCAUCAUGUAGUUGUGCAGGUCAGGAACUACAUAGGGGGAUGUCUGGCCGGCAGGGUGGAAACAAACAAGGGCUGAAGUUCAAGGCUGAAAAUCACCCAAAGGGGCUUCUUUUUCUAGUUAACAUAAAGGCUCCAUAUGGCAAGCAGUGACCUUUCAACCGGUGUCCUCAUACCAGAUAGAAGAGCUUACAAAGGAGACAGAAAAGGAGUUCCAUAGAGGAGUAGGAAAACCAAGAGGGUAGGGAGAAUCAGUAAGAGAUGAGAGAAUGUUAAGGAGAAUUCACCAUUGUCAAAUCAUGCUAAAAAGUCACACAAGAUUGUUUUAAUAACAGUGAUAAGAAAACACUUACAUAGGAUUUACUACGUGCCAGACACUGUUCCAAGCUCUCGAUAGGUAAUUUAUUUGACCCUCUCAGCAACUCUAUUAAGUACCUUUUCUAUAGUUUACAGUCGAGGAAAGGCCCAGAGAGGUUAAAUAACUUGCCCAAGGUCACAGAGGAGGUGCAGAACUGAGAUCUGAGAUCUGAGCAAAGUUUUCUUUGGUCACCUUGUCCCACAGAAGCUCAGAAACUGCUGUCUAGCUCUUUGUUAGCCUUCCAGCCUUCCUGGCUCCUCAUGGUCAACCUCGCUGGCUGGGGGAGACGGUCGCUCCUCACCUUGCAGGAGGUGCCUGUGUGAUCUGGCUUCUGCUCCUCACUGCUCUUUCCAGAUUCUUCCGGAAAAAGAAACCAAGCCCUGUUUAAUUCAUGGUGGUGGGGGCGGGGAGUGAAGGCUAAAAAUUCAAAAGGUACAGAAGAGUGUACAGUGGAAAGUCCAGCACUCAGCCUGUGACUGAUUUCUCAGGUCUUCCAGGCAAAUAUCAGCAAUAUGUGUGUGCAUAUUUGUGUCAUUUAUUUUUUCCUUCACUCUGCUCGAGUGCUAUCAAGUAUGGCAAGGUGGUUACAAUCACAGACACUAGAGGCCAAGUCCCUGGGUAUAAGUCUGAACUCUGUCACUCCCAAGCUCUGUGGCUUUGGGCAAGUGACUUCACCUCCCUGUGCCUGAGUUUGCUAAUCUGUAAAAUGGGUUGAUUACAGCACCUACCUCGUGGACUUGUUCGAGAAUUUAGCAACUUAACAUCUGUAAAACUCUUAGACCAAUGUCUGGUACUCAAUAAAUUGUUGACUGAU